AUGGCUUCUCCCAACUAUAUUGCUUUUUUGGUCAUUGAAGUUGUCUUGGUCAUCAGCGGGCUCAUCUUUAAUGGCUUUAUUGUUAUGGUGAUGAUCACUCAAUGGAUUAAAUACAGAAGACUAGCAUCAUGUGAACAGCUCAUUCUAAGCCUGGGACUGUCCAAUUUGUGGGUAACAAUUGUCUUUGGUCUGUUCCACUCUGCUUUCUCACAUGAAUCUGAAUUCAUUGUUGUCUCACUCUGUGGGCACGUCUGUCAAAUGAGAAGUAAAGAAUCCCAUCUCAGGAGUUUUCAGGCAAAAGCUCAUAUCCAGGCAACCUGGACAGUGAUCUCUCUGCUAUUACUUUUUCUUUCAUUUUUUGUGGCACAGACUUUGUCUAUGACUGUAGAUAUAGGAUAUAAUGGAAAAUUAUUUAUUUUCACAGUGAUGUCAAUAUACUCUCCAGCUCAGGCUGUCAUUCUGGUGUUGAACAACCCAAAAUUAAAGCAGGCCUUAGCCGUGAUGGUUCAAAGAACACAGUCUUAAUAUGUGAGGACCAAAGUUGAUACAAUGGUUUCUCUUCCUUUGUGAUCUGUUUUAUAUGAUUCGCAACAAGAUUAGUACACAGUAAACAAGAUCACUAUGCUGACUGUUGUAUUGAAUCACAUACUGGACAUUUCCUAAG